GCGAACGAACCACCAAGCGACGGACCAAAAUCCAAAGCAAAAGCAGUUCUCUUCCCAAUUUAGGAGCAGAUUUUUCGGUGAAAAGCUGUGUAAAAUCCCAUCCGUUGCCGUGCAAAGUGUCGACGGAAGUGUCCGGUGUGUGAAAAAGAUUCAGUUCCGGUGAGAUUUUGUGCGGUUGUUGAGUUGUCGAGUGCGAUUUCGCGGGGUCUGUUCGUUCACUAUCUUGGGUUUUAGCGCACAGCACUACACAGUGAAGUUCGCUUGAAGCGGAGCAUCGAGAAAGGCAUCCAGAGACGGCGGACGACGCCAAGCGGUGAAUCUUUCUGAGCAUGGGCAAGGACAUCGACCCAGCGGAUAUUGGCAAGCAUCCGGAUCUGAUCCGAAAAGCCCAAGCGGAAAUGACCCAAAGCGAUGUGUUGGUCUGUGGCCGGUGCCACAAUGUGUUCCACUUCAUAGAGCUGUUCAAGGAACACAAAGAGCAAGAAUGUCGCAAGGAGUCCACGCUGAAGGACUGCCGCGAGACCAAGGCCAAGGUAUGGGCAUUUCUGCUUUGGAAGGCAGCCCAGCUGAACACUGAAGGACCGGAAGCCGGAGCCGGCAAUGUAAAUUCCUGGAAACUGUACCAAACGUGGGUGAAGCUAGAGGAAUCCGUACGGGAGACGUGGAUCGUGGCCGGCCGAACGAUUCAAUCGUUUGCCAGGAUGGGGCAAGGAAACCUACAGGAGAUGCCUGUAAAGAUUACUAAAACUAUCAUCGAGAGUGCACCGGAGGAAAAGAAACCGCCGGUUAAUGCAAUCACUUCGCCGCCAGCUCAGCUAAACCGAUUUGUUCCGGGCCGUAAGCCCGAUAUCAAGACAUUAUCCCCUGUGGCCACAUCGACGCCGGCCAAGGUCGUGGAAACGGAGGUGAAAAAGCCUCCGAUAUCGACCCAGGUGAAAAAACCGGAACAGAACGUGAUCAACAAAGCUAUCAGCAAACGCUCCGUCGCAAAGCGCACUACUCCUGGUAGCGGCGAGGUCGUCGAGGAGGAAGUCGAAAAAAUCCUUGCCAAACGGUUCAACCCGCGCCGAAAAGAGCACGAGUAUUUGGUCAAGUGGUCCAAGUUCGCCCACGACCAGAACACCUGGGAACCGCUUAUUCAUCUGCAGACAUGUCAAAGUGUCCUGGAGUACUUCGAGGUACAAUUGGCCAAGCAGAAGGAACAACGUGCAGCGGCCGCCGCAAGGACUCUUCAGCAACAGCAAGCGGACAAAGCAAAGGCAACUGCUUCCGCGACGAUGACUGCUACCACCCCAGCUGUCUCUACACAAUUCGCGGUGUCUUCUGCACCCAGUGCAGUUACUGUUACCGUAGCACCUAGUCCGGCUGUAACGGUGACCGUGACUAAAACGGCUUCACCAGCACCUUCAUCGGUGGCAACAAUGGUGCCAGCCCCUACUAGCAUAACCAUACCCCUGACUUCGCCGCUUGGCGGUAGACCUUCACGUAACUCGAAGGUCAACGCCAUGGACAAGGUUAAGCAGUGGGUUGGGAGCAACAUGAUGAAUCAAGGAGGGAGUUCUGGUAGCGAGGAAACGUACGGCAAACGAAAAAUCGACAGCGACUACGAUGCCGAAGAGGAAGACGAAGGGAGCGUCAAAAAAAUGAGAACCGAUGGUGGGGCCGUAAAUCAAGCAUUAGUCAAGGCGCAACAGAGCGGUAGCGUAAAAAUCGUAUCGGUUGGAGCAAAGUCUCCCCUUAAGGUAGUCAAUGGAGUCGGUGGAGUGAUGAAAAAGGAUGACGGGAACGCAGCGGAAGUGAUUGUGAAAACUACCAAGGAUGGAACCGCUAGUGGAGUGGUCAAGAAACCAGGGUUCACGGGCGCAAAAAAUAUUGCUGGGGAAGCUCAGGUCCAGAUCGUAAACCGUGGUGAAGUACCGAAGCAGGGAGUGUUCAAAGUGAAUGCGAGCACCCCUUCGCCGCAGCCGUCACCGGUUCCAGCGCAAAGGGCUACCCCUCCGGGUAUGACCACAACUACGACUACACGGAUAGUUCGCAAGAAUAUCGGUGGAACUCAACAGCUGGUGAAGCAGGUCGUUCGAACAACCAUUCCCAUUCAACAAGCUCAACAGCAGCAACAGCAACAACAACAACAACAACAACAGGCAGCUGGUCUGGGAAGGCAACCUCUACAUAAAAUGGUUAACAAUGCAAGUCCAGGCGGCGCUCCUAUACCGAAACUCACCACCAACAUUGUUCAACGUAGCUCUCUGUCUCCGAAACUUUCUCCAGGGCAGGCCAAGGCUCCAAUUAACCGCAACAUUAGGAGCGCUCCCGCGUCAAAGAACACGACUCCCGAACAGAAGAUCAAUGCGCUCCGCAAACAAGGCCUGAAUGUUGUCAAGCGAGUCGUCUCUCCAGCGAUACAAGUGGAGCAAAAACCUCCCAUCACCAACCACGACGAAGAGGAGGACGACGGCAUUCCCGAUCCGUUCCCGUCGAAUUUCCCUGCUCCUGUUCCCCCAUCUCCUCCACGGGCUUUGACUCUUUGCCCCGUAACUGGAAAAGUACUCGGUCAAGCCGAAGGGGAACCGGCGCCCAUUCCCGAGGAUGAUAAAGCAAAACUUAAGAAGCAACAGCAACUACAAGCUCAACAGGAACAGCAUGAUGCGCAACAAGAGCAAGACACUCAGGUGCAUCAGAUUCUCACUAACGAGGAUGGAUCUCCGAUAAUUGUGGCGGGCGAAGACGGCACUCUGUAUCAGGUGGCCGGAAAGAACGCCGAAGGGCAGACCAUUCUGAUCGCUCAGGGAGCCGAUGGUGAACAGCAGUGUGUCCUGGUGGCUUCCCAGGAAGGUGAUGCCGAUGAUGGAAACGGUGGCGUACUAACGUUGGAUGCAGCUGUGUCCGAGGCAGUUGCCCAGAUUGGGGGAGUUCCUCAAGAGGGACAACAGAUGACCGAGGAGCAAGCUGCUCAGUACAAGAUGCAGGAAGGAGUGGAUCCAAAUCAACAAUUAACGAUCCAGACGGAAGAUUCCCAAGACGGCCAGAUUACGGCCGAGGUCGUACAAGCGGAUCAACCAUCACCUGGUGGUACUCGACGAGUGGUACUGCUUCUGCCCGACGGAAGCUUCAUGAUGACCGAGGUCAACGAGGAACAGUAUCAAUCGCUUAACUUGGUAAAUUAAGCCCGAAUGUGUUCCGUAGCACUGUGGUGACAACUUCUUUCGUAAUUUUUCGGUAUGUCGGUUCAAGCAUACAUUUCGACCCUAAAUUUAGUUAAGUAAACUUUACGUGUCUUGAGUUUUUAGGAGAAAAAAGUCCAACUGACUAGUGUACAGAUGCUUCAAUAGCAUAUCGCUUGGUAAUAUUAAUACACUCGAGCAAUUUAUGCGUCUCAAAUUAUACAUAUAUUUGUUUAAGAAUCCAUUAUUUGUUUAGUAAUAUGUUCUGACUAUGUUGCAGAGAGAAUUGUAGGACUUCUAAUCGCCUAUGGAUACGGCGUGUGAAGUUUAAUAUUAUGCUAUCCGGGAAAGUUCGAAUAUAAGUAAUGAUUAUCACUAGACGAUUUACGGUUACGUUAGAGUAUCCUGUUUCUCCGUAGGUAUUUGUCGAAAAUAAAGUAGUAGAUAUUGCAAGUUAAA